GUCUGAUUCUGUAAUUUAUUUUUAAAACUCUAACCAGUCAUAUGCCUUCUCUUAAUCUUCUGUUGCUUCUGGAACACCACAGGGAGAGUAGUCAUUUGUGCUGCUGGCACCGUUAGCAUCAUUCCAAGUAAUCAUGGAUAGCUUCAUGAUCAAAUUGACUCACCAGGAGGUUGGCAAAAUUUGUGCUGGACUUGGGAAUACUUUAUUAGAACAGCUCUUGAAAAGCAGAUGCUGGGCACAGCAGAAUUACCUGAGGGUAUUGAAGCCCCCGGGAGGAGGUUCUAGUAAUCUCUUUGGGAGUACAGAGGAAGUGCCUUCUUCAAGCAGACCACACCGGAUGGCAUCCAAUAUUUUUGGAGCAUCAGAACAACCUCAAAACAUUCCAAAAAGAACAAACCCUCCAGGAGGAAAAGAAAGUGGCAUUUUUGAGGACUCUAGUUCUGCUCAGCCUCGUCCGCGCAUGAAUCCACCUGGUGGGAAGACGAGCGAUAUCUUUGGGUCUCCUGUCUCUCCCAGCAUUGUGCGAGCACACCCCAACAAGCCCAAGGAUCACAUUGUCUUGAAAGAAGAUGAAACGCCAAAGAAGCUAGAAGCUACAGAAAAUGUCAAACCACAGCUGGAAGAUGGAGGCAAGAAAAAAGAUGUGGGCAAAGAGGAGCGAUGCAAGGAGCCAGAACCCAAGAUAGACAAUCACGAGCCCCGCCUGGGGCCAAGGCCACGCUCACACAACAAAGUCCUCAAUCCACCCGGGGGGAAAUCCAGCAUUGCCUUCUAUUAGGGUCAUCAGGGCACUGUCCCUAAUGGAGUCUGCACAGAAACUCUUGUCUGUGGUGGCGAGGUCAGUUUAUAGACUAUUGCUUGUGGGUAGAUUCUUAGGCAGAUGGAUGAGGGUUAUGUUAGAGUGUGUAGGAAAGGUAACCUGGUGAUUUGGGGAG